AUGAAUUAUGGACGAGAAGAACACACAGAAUCUGUUUUACAAAAUGGUAAAGUUUUAGUUACUGGUGGAUAUGGUAACGAUUAUCGACAGAGUGCUGAGUUGUAUGAUCCAUCAAUAGAAAAUUGGUCAAUCACUAGUAGUAUGAGUUAUGCACGAUAUGGCCACACAGCAUCCGUAUUAACAAAUGAAAAAAUAUUAGUUACUGGUGGAUAUCAUCAUAAUAUGACAAAUACAGUUGAAUUAUAUAAUCCAUCAACAGAAGAUUGGACAACUUUUGAAAGGAUGAAUUAUGUACGAUAUUAUCACACAGCAUCCGUAUUAUUAAAUGGAAAAGUGUUAGUUACUGGUGGAUUUACUAGUGAAGAUUCGAAUUCGAAUACUGCAGAAUUAUAUUAA